UGUCAGUCUGAUAUUUAUUAGAAAUAGGUGCGGUUACAAAACACCUGAGUUUAUCAUCUUUUGUUUUAUUCAGCCUAUUUUAACUUCUAAAAUUUUAUAUUUUUCAAUAAUACUUUAUAUGACAAAUUACUUAACAAAGGACUGAUUCUGAUAGAUAGUGUUAUUAUUUUCUCCAGCAGAUCGAACAACAGUGUCAUUGGACAAGACCAAUCAUCCGUUUCGUGCAUGUGUAUUCUACAUAAUAGAAGUCCCUAUCAAAUUGUGAUCGGAUGUCAAUACUGGGUUCGAUUUAAAAUACAAAGGUGAUAAAAGUGUAGUGAAUUGUGUAAUUUCGACAACCGACAAAAACAUCGAUUUGGUCGUUGUCGUUGCACCUGUCUCUAUUCACCGGAAGAACAAAUGUUAUUUUAAGAUCAUUUUAUCCCCCUUGUGGGUAACUAAAUAUGGUUGACUACUACAGAACAUUGGGUGUUUCAAAGACUGCUUCUGAAGCGGAGAUCAAAAAGGCUUAUAGAAAACUAGCUCUUAAAUGGCACCCGGAUAAAAAUCCAGACAAUGCUGAUGAGGCUAACAGAAGAUUUAAGGAAAUAUCUGAGGCAUAUGAAGUUUUAUCUGAUGAGAACAAGAGGAAAGUGUAUGAUGCACGGGGUUCCAGUCAUCACAGUCACAGAUAUCAAAGCAAGAAUGGAGUUAAUGGCCACCGACACUUUAGCUUCAAGGGGUUUUUCGGAGAUACACCUUUUCACCGAUUUUUUGAAAGAAAACGUCGUGUGUAUGAUCAGUACGGCAAGGAGGGGCUGAACAACGGGCGCGGCAGGCGCUCCGCCCCCGACGAGGAUUACGAGUUCGGAUAUCACAGCUUCCCCUUCACAUUCCGAGAUCCCGAGGAGGUGUUCCGAGAAUUUUUCGGAGGCUCUCCGUUUGGUGAUUUGUUCGCUGAUCUGAACGGUCACGGCUACCAUCACCGGCACGGGCGGCGGAGUCACCCGAGCACGUCGCUGACGUCAUCGCUGUUCAGUCCGUUCGGUCUGGGGCUGCAGGGGCUGGACGACGCGUUUGCUCACGCCGCCUUCAACGGCAACGCCUUCACCUCCUUCUCCACCUUCAACAGCUCGCUGGCCGGCCCCGGCAGCGCCAACAUGAAGAGCACCACCACCACCACGCGCAUCGUCAACGGAAAGAAGAUCACCACCAAGAAGAUUACUGAAAAUGGAAGGGAGACUGUGAUGUCUUAUGAGAACGGGGUCCUGAAAUCAAAGACUGUAAACGGCGUACCUCAGUCCCUGACGUACAGUUAAGCUGUCGGCGACGAUCACAACCAAACUCGAUCCAAAUGACAACCUGUACUCAUAUCUACUGCGCGAGUUACAUGUUCCAUUUAUCAUUUAGUUUUGCUUAAUUUAAUGUUAUAGGUUCUCUGACAUUGUAAAUUAAUUGCUGUAAUGUUAGAUAUCGAAACGGUCAAAAUAUUAAUUCUAGUUCUACCUAGGCUAAUGUCGCUUUUUACUUUAACUUUGACAUAAUUUACUUUUUAUAUUACUGCAAAAAAUACUGAAUAAAAUUUUAAGUAGUUUCAUUUCGAUACUUUAAAAUGUUUGUGUUACGUUGUAUGGCACACCGAUUUUGAUCUCAGUCUCACGAACGGAUCCUUGCUUCUUAUCUUAUCAUGCGAUAAAUUUAGUUUUAGCGAUCGUUUGCAAUGUUUUGUGCUAGUCGCAGUCGCAGCAGUCGCAGUUGCGGCCGCAGUCGCAGUCGCAGUCGCAGACGCAGUGGUAGUAGCGGGCGCCAGUGGGACUGAUUGUGGCGUCGAGCGCGCGAUAGCUUGUAGACUUAUUGGGAGCUCACGUAAUUUUAUAAGUACCUAAUGUGUGACGUCAUAGAUUAAAUAGUCUCUAAUUAAAAUUUAGCCAAGCCUUUUGUUUUUUAUCGUCGUGAAGAAAUUACUUUGCUUUUAAUGUCUUGAUCAUUCUACUUGCAGUUUAAAUAAAUCGUCUGUAAGAUAGUGAAGUAGGUCAUCCAUAUUAAUAUUGCGUAGAAAUUUCAUGUACUCUGAAGACAUAUCUGAUAAAAUAAUUUGCUUGACUCAGGCGUUGAAAAUCCUUUUUUAUUUUAAAGUAAAUUGUGUGUAGAAUGGUUAGGGUUUAAAAUAUGUGAUUUUUUAAAAAAAAAUGUAAUUGGUAGGCCAAAUAUUUCACGGAUUUACAAUAGAGUGUGACAUCAGUUGCUCAUAACAUGAUAAUAUUGACGAGGUUUACUUUCGCGUCACGAAAUUUUAGCUUAUAGAAAUACAAUAUUCAUUUUGUAAAGGUGGAUAAUUGUGUUGCUAUGUUAAUUAAUAUAUGUUAGUAUGUUUAACAAGUUGCUACGCUACGCUAAUUGAGUACUUAAUGAUUACUAUACCUUGCAGUAACAAAAUGAGGUAUGUACACAUUCGAAUUCAGGGAUGGUGAUCAUUUUACAUUACAGGUAUGUCGUAUUUUGUAUGCCAUACAUUCAUUUAAAUUUUUUUUCUAUAUUUUCUACAAUUAUUAAAUACUUGUUUUAAUAACAAAUGUUUGAAAUUUAUCACCAUUUCUGAUGAUGUUUUGAAAUUACUUUUAUCAUUUUUCGAUUGUAGUUAGAUUGUUCAGUUUCCAAUGCCUUUAUUUACCAUUGCUUUGGACUUUUUCUUGUUAAUGUCAAAACUCCGUCAGAUCGAAUGUGAAUAAUGUCUAAAUACCACUUUGCCCUUACGAAAUUGAUUUAAUGUAAUAAGCACUGCAACAGAUAUAAAUAAAGAAAAAUAAUUUCA